UCAAGAGAUACGAGCUUAAGCAAGUUUUGGUUAGCCUUUCUCUGCCCUCAGUACCUUAAAUAUCAGAGCAACACCCCCUCUGGCUUGAUAUCCAUCUCUCUGUACAGCACUAAGACUCUCAACCUCAAUCCAUCCUACUCUUCAAUCUUCUACCACCUCUUCGAGACUCCCCACAACCGCUAAAAUGGUCCGCAUCCUCUCCCUCGCCACUCUGAUGAUGGCCAGCGCCAUCACCACCCAGGCUGCCCAGUGGUGCCAGUGCCUCUUCCAAGAUGACUCGCACUGCUGCGUCUACUCGGAUGCUAAGAUUGGCAACCUCGACUGCCAGCGCUGGUGCACCAACGCUCACCGUGCCGACGGUGCGACCAACCCGAACAACCCUCUUGAGGCCGGCACCGCCUGCAACGCUGGUGGAAAGUACAAGACUGUCAGUGGCUGGAAUGCUCAGUUCCGCACUCCUUGCUACAAGCAGUAGAUCAUCGUCAGCUCGAGUCGGCAGCGGCUUAAGUGGAUGGACGGCUAAUUGGGGAUUAUGGUGGAGACGUGAUGAGAGCCAUUUGUUGUAUUGUGUAAUGGAGGAAGUGCGAUAGCGCGGGCCUGGUCCGGAGGUGUGUGGUAAUAGCAUAUAACAA